CAUUGAUGAACUUUUUUCAAGCGUCGUGCGUGUAUUUGUUUCUGCCUUUUCAUUCUAGUCAGCAUGGGUAAAUUCACGCCAAAGAAACCACAAAAGCCAAAAGCGUCUUCCAAAAAGAAAGAGCCAGAGACUUUUGAUGACUUUAUGGAAGAGGCUAUUCACUUGGAAGAACAAGGAGAACGUUACAGAACAGGAGAACGAGCUGAGCGAUACUAUGUUAAAGCAGCUGAAAUGUAUGGAAAGGCUUUCAGCUUAAAUGACAAAGAUGCCGACUGUGUUUACAACUGGGGACGUGUCCUGUUUCUCUUGGUAGAUUUUUUGUCUUCUCACGCUACACCUGAAGAGAAAUUAACCAAAGUAGAUGCAUCGAUUGAAAAGUUUAGGAUCGCAUUAGAUCUCGAGCCAAAUAAGUCAGACGCACAAUUCAACUUGGCUCAAGCACUUCACCAACGCUCAGAAAUUUUGCAAGACACAACAGAGAUAGAUAAUGCGUACAGUGCAUCAGCCAUGGCGUUACAAGAAGCCAUGACUAUCUUUGACCAAUUAUACAGUAUUCAAGAAAAAGAAUACAUGGAACUUCAUGCACCCCCUUCUCCUGCCGAGGAAGAACAGGAAGAAGAAAAAGAAGAAACACAAGAAGACAUAGAAGAUAAAGCGCAGGGUAGACAGGAAUUUACAACUGCAACUAGGGUAGAAGCUACUACAGAAUACUCGCUUAUCGAAACACUGCUAUCCACAGCCGAAACGAUGUCAACUAUGGGAUCGAUGCUAGCCUCAUUCCCAGCAUCCAUGGAUUUAUUUAGUCGUGCCAAGGCUAAACUAGCACUUGCAGAGGAAUGGUACGAAAAGAUGCCACCAAGCUCUCCAGAAGAUCCAGAAGUGGAAAAACAAAAGAAGGCAGCGCGUGUACAGAUCAAUCUGAAAGAAGCCGCAACCUAUGCUGCCAUGGCGGACCGUACGGUGAUCGCUUCUAAUAACGUUGACAACAGACUAUUUGAUAGAGCAAUCGAGAGACUAGACGAAAUCAUUCAACAGUACGAUCCUCGGCAUGUGGAGGCCAUGUGUGACAAAGGUGAUGUGCUGACGUCCUACGGCCAGGCCCUUUUAGAUAUCGCCAACAAGAAACAGGUGCCUCUGGUGCCAGAAAAGAAUGGCAAGGAAAUUUGGAACCUUUUCUCUGCUGCAACAAAAUCAUUUCAGUCAGCGCUUGCCAUUGAAUCAAAAAACCUUAGGAUCCUCAACAAAAUGGGUGACCUUAGUUUACUUCGAGCUAAAUUACCACUCCCUGUCGCAGAGCGAAACCGACUCCAGUUACUGAAAAAUGCAGAAUUCUAUUACAAACAUGCAGUUGAAGUCAAUAAGGAAGUACUCACAAGUGGAUACAUUGGCUGGGCCAUGAGUGAAUGGGCGUUAGAGGAAUGGGCAGAUGUCAAGGAGAAAAAGGAAAAUGCGAUCAAGAUUAUACAAGUGUGGAUCAAACGUGGCGGUAGUGGAAGUCUGUUCCGUAGCUUGGCGGAAGACAAUGAUGUUUGGGAUGAAGAAUUCGUGCAAUUUAUUAUUGAGCACUUUUUUAAUGAAGAAGAUAGUGAAGAAGAGGAGAGUGAAUAAUAAAAAGACAUACUUGUAUAAGCUUUUGUUGUUUAUAAUGAGUUAUCCCAGGAAAAAAAAAUUACUUC